AUUACUGUAUUAAUAUACUGUCAGUGGGCCACUAGUCUAGUUGUAUUACUGUAUUAAUACACUGUCAGUGGGCCACUAGUCUAGUUGUAUUACUGUAUUAAUACACUGUUACUGGGCCACUAGUCUAGUUGUAUUACUGUAUUAAUACACUGUUACUGGGCUACUAGUCUAGUUGUAUUACUGUAUUAAUACACUGUCAGUGGGCCACUAGUCUAGUUGUAUUACUGUAUUAAUACACUGUCAGUGGGCCACUAGUCUAGUUGUAUUACUGUAUUAAUACACUGUCAGUGGGCCACUAGUCUAGUUGUAUUACUGUAUUAAUACACUGUCAGUGGGCCACGAGUCUAGUUGUAUUACUGUAUUAAUACACUGUCAGUGGGCCACGAGUCUAGUUGUAUUACUGUAUUAAUACACUGUCAGUGGGCCACUAGUCUAGUUGUAUUACUGUAUUAAUACACUGUCAGUGGGCCACUAGUCUAGUUGUAUUAAUACACUGUCAGUGGGCCACUAGUCUAGUUGUAUUACUGUAUUAAUACACUGUCAGUGGGCCACUAGUCUAGUUGUAUUACUGUAUUAAUACACUGUUAGUGGGCCACUAGUCUAGUUGUAUUACUGUAUUAAUACACUGUUAGUGGGCCACUAGUCUAGUUGUAUUAAUACACUGUCACUGGGCCACUAGUCUAGUUGUAUUAAUACACUGUCAGUGGGCCACUAGUCUAGUUGUAUUACUGUAUUAAUAUACUGUCACUGGGCCACUAGUCUAGUUGUAUUACUGUAUUAAUACACUGUCAGUGGGCCACUAGUCUAGUUGUAUUACUGUAUUAAUACACUGUCAGUGGGUCACUAGUCUAGUUGUAUUACUGUAUUAAUACACUGUCAGUGGGCCACUAGUCUAGUUGUAUUACUGUAUUAAUACACUGUCAGUGGGCCACUAGUCUAGUUGUAUUACUGUAUUAAUACACUGUUAGUGGGCCACUAGUCUAGUUGUAUUAAUACACUGUCAGUGGGCCACUAGUCUAGUUGUAUUACUGUAUUAAUACACUGUCAGUGGGCUACUAGUCUAGUCUAGUUGUAUUACUGUAUUAAUACACUGUCAGUGGGUCACUAGUCUAGUUGUAUUACUGUAUUAAUACACUGUCAGUGGGUCACUAGUCUAGUUGUAUUACUGUAUUAAUAUACUGUCAGUGGGCCACUAGUCUAGUUGUAUUACUGUAUUAAUACACUGUCAGUGGGCCACUAGUCUAGUUGUAUUACUGUAUUAAUACACUGUUACUGGGCCACUAGUCUAGUUGUAUUACUGUAUUAAUACACUGUUACUGGGCUACUAGUCUAGUUGUAUUACUGUAUUAAUACACUGUCAGUGGGCCACUAGUCUAGUUGUAUUACUGUAUUAAUACACUGUCAGUGGGCCACUAGUCUAGUUGUAUUACUGUAUUAAUACACUGUCAGUGGGCCACUAGUCUAGUUGUAUUACUGUAUUAAUACACUGUCAGUGGGCCACGAGUCUAGUUGUAUUACUGUAUUAAUACACUGUCAGUGGGCCACGAGUCUAGUUGUAUUACUGUAUUAAUACACUGUCAGUGGGCCACUAGUCUAGUUGUAUUACUGUAUUAAUACACUGUCAGUGGGCCACUAGUCUAGUUGUAUUAAUACACUGUCAGUGGGCCACUAGUCUAGUUGUAUUACUGUAUUAAUACACUGUCAGUGGGCCACUAGUCUAGUUGUAUUACUGUAUUAAUACACUGUUAGUGGGCCACUAGUCUAGUUGUAUUACUGUAUUAAUACACUGUUAGUGGGCCACUAGUCUAGUUGUAUUAAUACACUGUCACUGGGCCACUAGUCUAGUUGUAUUAAUACACUGUCAGUGGGCCACUAGUCUAGUUGUAUUACUGUAUUAAUAUACUGUCACUGGGCCACUAGUCUAGUUGUAUUACUGUAUUAAUACACUGUCAGUGGGCCACUAGUCUAGUUGUAUUACUGUAUUAAUACACUGUCAGUGGGUCACUAGUCUAGUUGUAUUACUGUAUUAAUACACUGUCAGUGGGCCACUAGUCUAGUUGUAUUACUGUAUUAAUACACUGUCAGUGGGCCACUAGUCUAGUUGUAUUACUGUAUUAAUACACUGUUAGUGGGCCACUAGUCUAGUUGUAUUAAUACACUGUCACUGGGCCACCAGUCUAGUUGUAUUACUGUAUUAAUACACUGUCAGUGGAACACUAGUCUAGUUGUAUUACUGUAUUAAUACACUGUCAGUGGGCCACUAGUCUAGUUGUAUUACUGUAUUAAUACACUGUCAGUGGGCCACUAGUCUAGUUGUAUUACUGUAUUAAUACACUGUUACUGGGCCACUAGUCUAGUUGUAUUACUGUAUUAAUACACUGUCAGUGGGCCACUAGUCUAGUUGUAUUACUGUAUUAAUACACUGUCAGUGGGCCACUAGUCUAGUUGUAUUACUGUAUUAAUACACUGUUAGUGGGCCACUAGUCUAGUUGUAUUAAUACACUGUCACUGGGCCACUAGUCUAGUUGUAUUAAUACACUGUCAGUGGGCCACUAGUCUAGUUGUAUUACUGUAUUAAUACACUGUCAGUGGGCCACUAGUCUAGUUGUAUUACUGUAUUAAUACACUGUCAGUGGGUCACUAGUCUAGUUGUAUUACUGUAUUAAUACACUGUCAGUGGGCCACUAGUCUAGUUGUAUUACUGUAUUAAUACACUGUCAGUGGGCCACUAGUCUAGUUGUAUUACUGUAUUAAUACACUGUCAGUGGGCCACUAGUCUAGUUGUAUUACUGUAUUAAUACACUGUUACUGGGCCACUAGUCUAGUUGUAUUACUGUAUUAAUACACUGUCAGUGUGCCACUAGUCUAGUUGUAUUACUGUAUUAAUACACUGUCAGUGGGCCACUAGUCUAGUUGUAUUACUGUAUUAAUACACUGUUACUGGGCCACUAGUCUAGUUGUAUUACUGUAUUAAUACACUGUUACUGGGCCACUAGUCUAGUUGUAUUACUGUAUUAAUACACUGUCAGUGUGCCACUAGUCUAGUUGUAUUACUGUAUUAAUACACUGUCAGUGGGCCACUAGUCUAGUUGUAUUACUGUAUUAAUACACUGUCAGUGGGCUACUAGUCUAGUCUAGUUGUAUUACUGUAUUAAUACACUGUCAGUGGUUCACUAGUCUAGUUGUAUUACUGUAUUAAUACACUGUCAGUGGGCCACUAGUCUAGUUGUAUUACUGUAUUAAUACACAUAUAAGCUGUACGUUCAUUUCAAACCACUAUAAAUAGUAUAACAUUAAGGGAUCAUGUUCUGUUCCCUUGUGCUCAUCGCAAUGCAACAGGCAUUACAGGGAAGGGCAACUGACGUUCCAGAACACUGACAUAUUCCUUCUCAUUCUAUCCCUCUCUUCUGUUUGUGACGUAGUCGUCCGGAGGUAAGACGGGCAAAGAGCGAGCUGUAGAAGUUUGGGGAUUGCGGAGUUAUGGUGCAGGGCAGGGCACGGAGGAAAACGGGCAACUCAUAACGUUCAAUAAAUAUAUAAUAGUCUUUAGGUAUACCGAAUUAUAUUAUUCCGUGGACCGCCUGUCACGAACUGUACUCCAAAGGGCUCUCCACAAUAAUUUAUUUCCAUUUUAAGAAGAGAGAGACAGAGACGGAAAGCAUUCGCUGUUACUCCUAAAAUAAAAGCUGCAGUGAGGUCAGUGAAGAAGACAUGGUGGAUUAUUAUGAUGUUCUGGGAGUGUCAAGAAGCGCCUCUCCGGAGGACAUCAAGAAGGCGUACAGGAAGCAGGCUCUGCGAUGGCACCCGGACAAGAACCCAGACAACAAGGAGGAGGCGGAGAGGAAGUUUAAGGAGCUGGCUGAGGCCUAUGAAGUUCUGUCAGACCGAAGCAAGUCAAAGGCAUAUGAUACCUAUGGCAAAGACAGAAUGCCCAACAACACAGGCUCCAGUAGUCACCCUGUUCCGGAAGAUUUCCCAGGGUGCACCUUCACAUUCCGCAGUCCAGAGGAAGUGUUUCGGGAAUUCUUCGGAGGCCGGGAUCCUUUCGCCAAUUUCUUCGAUGACUUUGCCUUUGGAAGAGGGAUGCACAGUGGCGUCCAUGGACAUCCUGGCACUUCGAGGCUCGGCCCCAGUCGGUUCUCCUCCUUCCCCUCCGCCGGAGUGCAUGACUUCACCUCUUUCUCAUCCUCCAUGGGUGGAAUGGAUGGGAUGGAUCGCAUUGGAGGAAGGAUGGGGAAUUUCAAGUCUGUCUCAACCUCUACGCGCGUCAUCAACGGCAAACGCACCACCACCAAGAAGAUCAAAGAAAACGGUCAGGAGAGAACAGAGAUCGAGGAAGACGGGGUCUUGAAGACGGUGCUCAUCAAUGGUGUGGAGGAUGAGUUGGCUUUGUCUCCAGAGCUCAGCAAGAGAGACCAACCGCCCCCCAGUCAACCCUCACACACAGCCAGGCAACACCUCCAGCAGCAGGCAGAGAGGAUGGUACCAGUGGAGCUCCAGACCCAGACUCAUCCACACCGACCCAGCCCCAUCUCCGACCCCCGGUCUACGGCCCAGCGCUCCUUCAGCUCAUCCUCCUACUUCCACUGCCCUGACGUCCCCAGUGAGGAGGAGAAGGAAGAUCUCCAGAUGGCCUAUAGACUGUCUGAGAUGGAGGCCCGGCAGAGAACGUCCGUCGCGACUUCGGCAGCAGACGUCCUCUCAGGUGCUGGGGGUGUGGUGGUGGUGGGGAGGGUGGUCCCGGUGGGGAGGGUGGUCCCAGGCCCAGGCCAGCUUAGAACACCAGAGGAGACGUCAGGGGACACGUCGCCACACAGCAGCCCAUCUCCGCUGAUCCACAGGGAGCUACCAGAGGGGGUCCCAGAGCCUCCUACACACCUCCAGGGAGGCACUGGGGAUCCUGCUGCUAAAACCACCACCAGCAGCACUGGAAAAAUGAAAAAUAAGUGUUGCUGUGUGAUGUGUUGAGUUUAUGGUGUGUGUGUGUGUGUGUGUUGAUUGUAUGGUUUGUGUGUGUGUGUGUUGAGUUUAUGGUGUGUGUGUGUGUGUGUGUGUGUGUGUUGAGUUUAUGGUGUGUGUGUGUGUGUGUUGGGUUUAUGGUGUGUGUGUGUGUGUGUGUUGAGUUUAUGGUGUGUGUGUGUGUGUGUUGGGUUUAUGGUGUGUGUGUGUGUGUGUGUUGAUUGUAUGGUGUGUGUGUGUGUGUGUGUUGAGUUUAUGGUGUGUGUGUGUGUGUGUGUUGAUUGUAUGGUUUGUGUGUGUGUGUGUGUGUUGAGUUUAUGGUGUGUGUGUGUGUGUUGAAUGUAUGGUGUGUGUGUGUGUGUGUGUGUGUGUGUGUGUGUUGAUUGUAUGGUGUGUGUGUGUGUAUGUGUGAGUGUGAUGCUCAGGGCAGAGGACAGACAGGAUACCACUGGUCUCAGUUCUACUCUGGUGUUAUGCUGACAAUGACCAUCGUAAAGUAUACUGUAUAUUAUAAACUGGUUUGUUUGACCCCUGAAUGCUGAUUGGCUGACAGCCGUGGUAUAUCAGACCGUAUACCACGGGUAUGACAAAAUAUUUAUUUUGACUAAUUACGUUGGUAACCAGUUUAUAAUAGCAAUAAGGCUCAUCUGAGGUUUGUGAUAUAUGGCCAAUAUACCGCGGCUAAGGACUGUGUCCAGGAACUCCACGUUGAGUCGUACAUAAGAACAGCCCUUAGCCGCGGUAUAUUGGCCAUAUACCAUACCUCCUCGGGCCUUAUUAUUAUUAUUAUUAUUCUUUUUAAAUUAAAUUUCAUUUAUUUAUUUUUUUUUUCUUAUUGAAUAUUCGAAACAUAUAAUAUACUUGCAGUGAAGCCGCUCAAUAACUACAUCACACCAGUCAUCCAACAGAUUCCCAUUCAGAGCGACACACAGAAGCAUCCAGGGUCAAUGCCCUGCUCAACCCCC